AAAGAUAUAUCUACAACAGAAGUAAUGGAACAGACUAUAUGAAAAGAACUGUACUUUCAUAUAUUCUAUGGUAUAGUCAUAUAGACUGACAACAAGUUAUAAUAUAAUUCUUAUAGUCUAUCAACUGUAUCAUACAGUCUAUCCAUUAGAACAGGAACUGUGAAAAAACUUUGUCUUUUAAUUUCUACGCAGUUCAGUUAUACUUUUUUAAUAAUCAUGGAAUUUCCCAAUUUGGGACAGCAUUGUUCAAAAGAUACUUGCAAACGUCUUGAUUUCUUACCAGUCAAAUGUGAUGCAUGUUCAAAUAUUUUUUGUUCUGAUCAUAUGAGCUAUAGAAGUCAUCAAUGUCAAUCUACCUUUAAGAUAAAUAUUCAAGUGCCUAUUUGUCCAUUAUGUAAUAAACCAGUUCCAACACCUAAAGGUCAAGAAUCUGAUUACACAGUUGGUCUACAUAUUGACAAUGAUUGUCGUAUGGCUGAGGGUAAAAAGGUAUUUACUAAUCAUUGCACAGUAUCUAAGUGUCGUGGCAAAGAAGCAGUUCCAGUAGUAUGUAGUGAAUGUCAUCACAACUAUUGUUUUAAACAUCGUCAUCCGUUAGAUCACAAUUGUAUUGGAAACAAAAGAAUUGUUCAAAGAAAAAUAGAAAUAAAAAAUAGAUUAGGAACUAGCAGCGUUGUAAAAAAACCAUUUACCACAUCUUCCAUUCAAGGAAACCUGAGUGAAGAUGAAGCAUUAGCUAGAGCACUUGCAGAAUCUGAACGUCUAAAUCAAAGGACUAUGAAUGACCAAGAACAAAAGUGUUCAGUUUCUUAAAAAUCUUAAAUUUUGUAUUACCAAAGAUUCUUUUGAAAAUAAUGAUAUUUCGAUUUUAGCUCAAAAUCCAAGUUGGGUAUAUUCAAUGUUUAUUCUUCAAUUAUUCAAAAAGUUUAUUGUACAUUCCAAAUGUUAUGUAUUCAUUUAUGUUAAUAACUUUAACUAAUUGUGUAUAUUUUUAAAUACUUAACACUUUUUAGUUAAAAUAAAUAUAAAUUUAUAAUAUACUACUUUUCUUUUGUCAGAAUAUUGUUACAAUACUAAAUAAAUUGUUGUUCAAUCUAA